AUGGGCAUUCUUGUUAGACUUCCGGCCAGUGUCCUUCAUGCAAUUUGCCGGUUAGUAUGCCGGUCUUGGAAAGAUAUGAUCUCUGGAAGCGAAUUCAUCACGCAGAAUGCCAUCCAUGCAAAACCUGAACUUCUGAUUCAUGUCCCAAUUGAUGCAAAUACCCAUUCCUGUAAAGUAAAACUAAUGGCAAUUGAUGAAGAGCAACUUGACUUCAAGCUAGAUGAUUUUAAUAUGGGUAGAAAAGGUCUAGUCAGGUCCAGUUGUAACGGCUUGCUUUUACUGAGCACAUACAACCUGAGGGAUGGAGGGGCCCUACAAGUGGUGAAUCUAGUUACGAAGCGUUUAGUAAAACUCCCUGAUUGCCCUUCUGGUUGUCCACAUAAGGCUUGCGGGGCAGCACUUGGAUAUGACCCCUCUACCAAGGAGUACAAGGUGGUGCAUAUUUAUGCUGAUUUAUAUGGUUUUGAGAUAUUCACCUUAGGUUGCCCUGAUAAUGGAUGGAAACGGAUUCCUGGACCAUUCAAGGAAGUACAUGAACGGCCUUUCAAGCCAAAUUUUUGUUGGAGUGACCCUGUGGUGAUAAAUGACCAGAUCUUGCAUUGGCACGUUACUUCACCCAAAUACAUCAUCUCUAUGGAUGUGAAUGGUGAAAAUACAGGAAAAACCUCUCUCCCGGGUGAUGGCAAGGUGAUUCGCAACCACACAUAUACCUUACUAGAGAUGAGUGGGUAUCUAUCUUUGUUAUGUAAUGUUUCUGAUACCAAAUGUGAUAUUUNCCCCUCAAAACUAUCAUCAAUCACUUAUCGCACCUAUCUUCCAUUUGUCAGAUUCAAACGUCAAAUAACAUCACUCAUUUUUAUCAUAUAUUUAAUCAUUUAUAUAUUUCAUUCCUAA